GUGACGUAAGCACCUACGUAGCCUGACGUGAUGUAUGAAGUUUAAUCACGCCAUUACGCCACCGCGGUUUAAUCUCGUCAGACCAAAAACAGUAUAAAUACGGAUUCAGGGUCUCUGUUCAGGCAUAACACAUCUUUUUGUGCAAUUUUAUUCUUUGGUGAGUACACACAUCGUUAUAAUAUACUUACGAGAACGAAUACAAUUUAUUUUCUAUUCGGUUAAUUUUAUUAUUGUUUUUUUUUUUAUUCCUGUUUGUAGUCUUCACUUCGUUUCACGAAAACAAAACCAAAUAUCAAAAAUGGGCGCUGAAAAGGUAUCCAUGAACAUCGUUGUCGUCGGACAAGUCCAAUCUGCCAAGGCCAUCAAAACCGUCGCCAAGGCCACCCCAGCCACCAGCCAAUUGAUGGUAAGUCUAUUCACCAUUACUGUUUUAAUAUUCAUACUUAUCAAUUAUUACUUAAACACGUUAAUUUCUUGUCGUUUUUCAUUAAAGCGAUGGUAAUAAUGUAUUUUAUAAUCGGCUUUUUUUUCGACAAGUACUUAAACAAUUUUAUUAAAAGAUAAAAACCGUUUAACGUUUGUUUCAUAUAUAUUUUUCAAAUAUUCAUUUAAACGAUUUUCCCCUAGAAUUACAUUUUAGUAGGAAUGAUAUUUUUUUGUAACCCGAUGUCCAUACAAGGUGUUUUAAAUAAAUUUUUGGUGAAUUUAAAAAAUGUCCCUAAAUCUCUUUAAUAAUAUCGUAAAAUAAAUGAAUAACAAAAUGUAUUGGUAAUCGAACAUAAUUCUCAAAUUUAUUAAGACAAGAAUAAUUUAUCGAAUUUUAUAUAAUAUUUCAACGUUUUGAAUAUUUUCUUUUUUCUUUUUCUUUGCAUACUAUUUUUGAUAGGUACUUAUACAGUAAUUGGCAAUUUAUGAAUAUUAUACCUAACUAACAUAAAUCUUCUUGUCUCAUAUGAUUUAUUUAUUUAUUUUGUUGUUUUUUUUCAGACCUGUUAAUUUCAUGUAGUUCAUACAUUGCAAACUCAAAAACGCCAUAGUCCAAACAAUGCGCAUUAUGUAUAUAAUUAAUAAUAUGUAUAAUAUGUAUUGACACCUCAAAAUAAACCAGUCUACUCCGUUAUUUCAUGUUUUUUUUUAAA